AUGAGGCAUUCCCCGCUCAGGAUGGCUGCCAUGGCGUCACUGCUGCUGCUGGCUCUUCCGGCCGUGGCAAAAGCUUCAUCCGCUCCGACAAGCCUUUUGUUUCAGAACGACGGAAACUGGACUGCUCAUGGGGAGCGACCAAGUGCUUUGCUAGUGCAUACACCUGCCCGCCGUCGUCAGGCAGAAACAAUCUGUGCCGACUAUGAGGAGCAAUUGCUGCGAUGCGAUGACGUGCACCAGUUCCGCCAGUCUUUCCAGUACCAGCAGUAUCUAGGUACUCUGACUAACGAGACGCUGCUCUGGACUGCUUGCAGUACACCAGUCACUCUUUCUGGUACCUCUGCCGCUGAUAAUGUCUCUUCGGAUGGAGAGUGGCCUUUCGUCUGCACAAACUCGGCUCCACUGGUUGAUCGUGUCGACACCGAUUACUCCUCCUUCCCUCGGGUUAAUGCCACGGCACGUAACAUUACCUUCGAAGGCCUCCGUGAUCAUUUGACUUUUCGAUUUGCUGGUAUUCCGUUUGCGCAGCCGCCAAUUGGCACACGCCGCUUCCAGUAUGCCGAAGCUUGGGAUGCGACCAAUGUAAGUUACGUCAAUGCAACUCAAUACAGCCCCGCCUGUCUGCAGUUCGGUUACUUUGACGGAAAUAGCUAUGAUUUGAACCCCUGGGGUAAUGAUGAGGAUUGUCUUUAUUUGAAUGUAUAUACUCCCUUUCUUCCGGGCGAUACGGACGUGCCCAAGGAUCAACUGAAGCCUGUCCUCUUCUGGAUCCAUGGCGGUGGCUUCUCUCAAGGCACCGGCUCGGACCUAACCUUCGAUGGAGGAAGUCUAACUUCACGCUCGGAUGUGGUCAUCGUCACCUCUAACUACCGCUUGAAUAUUUUCGGGUACUUAUCACUCGAUGAUGGCACCAUCCCUGGGAACUACUGGAUGUCCGAUAACAUCGCUGCUCUUCGGUGGGUGCAACAAUAUAUCCGCGGGUUCGGGGGAAACCCAAACAAUGUUACCAUCUUUGGGCAGUCCGCUGGUGGCGCCAACUGCAUCGAGCUUGUUGCUUCUCCGCAAGCUGCUGGUCUAUUUCAGGGCAGUAUCCAGCAGUCAGCGGGCAACGGUCGCUUUAGCACCCAGAGCGCAAUAGCCGAGCUAGCUGAGCCCUACCUUAGCCCAUAUUGCAACGAGACAGGCGCUGCCCGGCUUGCCUGCCUGCACGCCGACAUCUUCUUCACUCCAGUGAUCGAUCCUGUAUAUCUACCAGAUGCACCUAUGGCUCUAGUCGCCCAAGGAAGCUCUUACAUUAACUCCGUACGGAUGAUGUCCACCCUGAUGCCCGAGGAAUGUCAGUCGCUGACCACAACCACUCUGGCACCCAAUAUGAGCGACUUUCAGACCGCGCUCGACCAGCUCAUCCCAGGGGGCUGGAUCGAUCAAGAACAGGCAGAUCAUAUUAUCCCCUCAGGCCUGUGGCUUAUUAGCAACGAGACCUUUCACAACGGGUCAACUUCAUACUCCAGCGUAUACAACGCUAGUGUCAAGAUCGCCACCGAAAAUAACCAAGAGUGCCCGAAUGGCGCCUACGCUAUGGUGGGAGCCGCCACGGUCGCUUUCCCCAGUAUGCACGUGGCCUAUCAUCAGCGCGGAUACGCUCUCUCCUACUAUGAUUUCUAUGACCUCUGCACGUUUCCUGUCGGAAAGCCGGACACACCAUAUUAUCGGUGCCACUCUAGUGACUUGUACGAGGUAUUUGGGACUUACUACAUUUACGAUCAGCCGAUUCGGGUUCCCGAGGAUAUCUACUACACCAAUGCGGUGCAGGACAUGUGGGGGUCGUUUGCGCGAACGGGUGAUCCUAAUGUUGCGAGGGAGUAUCUGAUAGCGCGCGGUUACAACACCACCUUAGAGUUCUUUGCAGGCUGGCGUUGGCCGGAGUUUACGGCGUCAAAUAUGGUCCUGGCUGAUUUGCAAUAUCCGCGGCCAGGGUAUACGGAUGUGCCCGAUCUGGAGCAUUGUCGGUAUCUAGCUAGUGUGCAGUAUUGA